CUUGGGCAGGGGGAGGGGCCUAGGGGCGGAGACUCGCGGACCCCGGGCAGGUUGGGGUGGGGAUGGAUGGUGGCCGGGAUCCUAUCUGGCUGAGGGGGAUGCUAUCUUGAAGGCGGGGAAGGGUGACUUGUAGGGGCUACGGAGGCAGGAGAGUGCCUGCCAGUUCCACGGGGGAAAUCGUGAUGUCACUUGAGCUGGGCUUCUAAGAAGGUCAAAUGUGUGCCGAGGCGAACCCUCCUGGGGUCACUGGGAACGUGUGUGUAUAUGUGUGGGGUGUGCACUUCUCUCUCCCAAUGUCCAUGCAGCACCCCCACCCCCGGCCCAGGGGGCCCUAAACCCAGGAAUCCUUCUCAGUGUUGGUACUGAGCAUGUCCCUAUUUGGGGGCCCUACUCUCCCGCCCCCUGAACCUGGAGACAAAGAGACCAAGGAAGGUACCAGGGGCUCCCCCAUCUCCCUUGCACACGCUUGCAUACUGCACUAGGGCAGAAGCACACAGGCAAGGACGGACCUGCAGGCAGAGCCCCUUUCAGAUGCGUUCUCACUGGGAGCAGCACACUCAGGUGGGCACACAAAGGGGCAGGUAUGCACACACCCCUAAGGACAGGUUUCCCAAAAGGCACAUGUCCCCUAAUCUUGCUUGUAUAUGCUGAGUACUAUUUCCUAGCCCACCUACCUAUCUGUACUUCCAGAUCUUUCCUUGGAUUUCACACCGGGUCCAGGGCCCGCUGCCUGUUACCAUGCCCUUCCUCUCCACCCUUCUCUCCCUUCCUCUGACUAGUCUUCAGGUCCGGCCCGGGGAAUUGAAAGAAUAAGUCAGAAUCUCAGCAAGGGUGUGUGUGUGGGGUUCCUAAAGCUAGUCAGCAGCGAGGAGGAGAGGGAAACCCCAGGCAGCCACCAGAAAUCUGACUCAGUACCUGUCAUUAAGUGGCUGUGGGUGCCAGCACCCAGGAUGCAAAGAGAAUGAGGCCCUGCCCUCAGGAGCACCCAAUCUAGUGCAGGAGCCAGACAUGUAAACAACUCAUUGGGGCGACAGUGCAAGCAGCAUGUGCUAAGUGCUUAGCAGGCCCUGGUACCAAAAUCGUUUUCUCUUGACAAAUGGCUAGGCUGCAAACAUCUUCCUCUCAACCCCCUACCCCCAUCCCACAUCCCUUCUCCCCAGCCACAUGCCUCUGCCCUUCUGGAUAUUUCUUCCUGGAUGGCCUUCUGCCCAGGGACACAAGGCCCCUGCCUCUCAUCUUAGAACACGGGAAGGAUGUUAGGGUGCAGGAGUGAGACUCGCAGGGGACCUGGGGUCCAGAACGUGCAGAAAGAGACAAGUCUUGGGGUUUCCUGGGAGGUAUGAGGCUGUCUGUGCGGGGCAGGGAGGUGGAUGGGUCAGAGGAAGUUGUUCCUCCUGGUUCUGGAAGAAGGGAGGGCCCUAUCUGUUAAGUGGGAAGGUGAUGUCAUUGGGUCUCUCCACCCUUCCUGGAAUACUUGGAAGGGGUCCGGGCUGGGGACCUGCCUUCGCUGAUGCCUGUCUGUCCUCCCUGUCUUCCCUGUCCACACCUCCUCUCUCAUUGCCAUCUUUGUGUCUGUCUUUGGACCCUGUUUCUCUGUGUGCCAUCCUAUCCAUCUGUGUCUUCUCUGCCACCGGGGCCUCCUCCCUCCAUCUCUGGCUCUGAUCCCUCUGCCUCUUGGGGUGUCUCUCUGCACUUCCCUGUACUGGAUUCCAUUCCCCUUUCUUGUCCCCAUGGCUCACUCUGGGUCACUUCUGUGUGUAUCUCUGGUUCUGGGAUCCCAUCUCGGUCUGACCUUUUCUCUGCACAUCCUGUCUGUCUCUGCCUGUCAUCUCUGGUGCCGGCCUCUGCCCCUCCACCCCUGCAUCCAACUCUGUGCUGGGUCCUGCCACUCUGUCUUACUCUCCACUCAUCCCGGCCCCUUUCCCUGCCCAUCUGAGCAGCAGCGUCCCAUCCAGCCCUCUUUCACCAAGUCCCUCUGCCGUGAGUCCCACUGGAAGUGCCUGCUGCUCUCGCUGCUCAUGUACGGCUGCCUGGGGGCCGUGGCCUGGUGCCACGUCACCACAGUGACCCGCCUCACCUUCAGCAGCGCCUACCAGGGCAACAGCCUCAUGUACCACGACAGCCCUUGCUCCAACGGUUAUGUCUACAUACCCCUGGCCUUCCUGCUCAUGCUGUACGCCGUCUACCUGGUGGAGUGCUGGCAUUGCCAAGCCCGCCAUGAGCUGCAGCACCGUGUGGAUGUAAGCAGUGUGCGGGAGCGCGUGGGCCGCAUGCAGCAGGCCACGCCCUGUAUCUGGUGGAAGGCCAUCAGCUACCACUAUGUCCGCCGCACCCGCCAGGUCACCCGAUACCGCAACGGAGAUGCCUACACCACCACCCAGGUCUACCAUGAGCGCGUCAAUACGCACGUGGCCGAGGCCGAGUUCGACUACGCGCGCUGCGGCGUCCGCGACGUGUCCAAGGCGCUGGUGGGGCUAGAGGGCGCGCCGGCCACGAGGCUGCGCUUCACCAAGUGCUUCAGCUUCGCCAGCGUGGAGGCCGAGAACGCGUACCUGUGCCAGCGCGCGCGCUUCUUCGCCGAGAACGAGGGCCUGGACGACUAUAUGGAGGCGCGCGAGGGCAUGCACCUCAAGAACGUGGACUUCCGCGAGUUCAUGGUGGCCUUCCCCGACCCGGCCAGGCCGCCCUGGUACGCCUGCUCGUCCGCCUUCUGGGCCGCGGCUCUGCUCACGCUGUCGUGGCCGCUGCGCGUGCUGGCCGAGUACCGCACGGCCUACGCGCACUACCACGUGGAGAAGCUCUUCGGCCUGGAGGGCCCGGGCUCGGCCGGCGGCAGCGCGGGCGGUGGCUUUAGCCCCAGCGACGAGCUACUGCCCCCGCUGACGCACCGCCUGCCGCGGGUCAACACGGUGGACAGCACGGAGCUCGAAUGGCACAUCCGCUCCAACCAGCAGUUGGUGCCCAGCUAUUCCGAGGCGGUGCUCAUGGACCUGGCUGGACUGGGCGCGCGCUGCGCCGGGGGCGCGGCGGGCGGCUACACGCCCACGUGCCGCUACGGCGGGGUGGGCGGCCCGGGCGCGGCGGGCCUGGCCCCGUACCGGCGCAGCUGCGAGCACUGCCAGCGCGCCGUCAGCAGCUCGUCUAUUUUCUCGCGCAGCGCCCUGAGCAUCUGUGCCAGCCCGCGGGCCGGCCCGGGGCCGGGCGGCGGGGCGGGCUGCGGGGGCAGCCGCUUCUCGCUCGGCCGCCUCUAUGGCUCCCGGCGCAGCUGCCUGUGGCGCAGCCGGAGCGGGAGUGUUAACGAGGCGAGCUGCCCCACCGAGCAGACGCGGCUGUCGAGCCAGGCCAGCAUGGGGGACGACGAGGACGACGAGGACGACGAGGAGGCCGGACCGCCGCCUCCCUACCACGACGCCCUCUACUUCCCGGUGCUCAUCGUGCACCGGCAGGAGGGGUGUUUGGGCCACAGUCACCGGCCGCUGCACCGCCACGGCUCCUGCGUAGAGACCUCACUGUGACCCCGGGCCCCUGGACCCGCCCGCCGGCCUCCUCCCUGCCCCUCGCCGGACUGGGCUCCCUGCGUGUAGCAGAGGUAGUCACGAUGGUGGUGGCCGAGGCUGUGCUGGGCACGGCGUGGGUAGGGUGGGGGGAGGCAAGGGGUCGCGGGACAUACGCCAAAGCGGCCGAUCCCUGUCACCCUUCCCGCCUUCCCUGUACAUAGACAGAUGGGAGGAGGGGGUGAGAGAAUCCCACCCGGGCAGAGUCAUCUCUUCCAGCCCCGCCCCUGAGCUCCUAGGGGGACACCUCCCCUUUCUACAUGCACACCCGAGAUUUCCCGUCCCGUCUUUCAACGGAUCUUCUGACUGUUACGUGGCAACUGUGCCGCGGGACCGGCGUUGGGUCCAGUCUCAAGGGAGAGGCCCUCGCUGUACAGCAGCUGGGGAGGUUGAGGCCGGGGGAAGGGCAACUGGGGCUUUCCUUCCUUGGUAGCCUGGCCCCUCUGGGACCUCUCUCUACUGAGGGGGCAGCGGUUAGCAGGGCUGGCUUCCAACAAGCUAAUGAAUUCAGUGGGUCUGAGGCCAGGGCCAGGCGUCAGCCGCCACACUCCAUCUCAAAGCAGUGGAAAUGCUGCUCUCCUCUUCUUGGCGCUGGCCCCGAAGAGGAUCGGGGUUUCCUUUCUGCCGCUCCCUCCACUGUUGUUUAUCUCACUGGGCCCAGGGAGGCUGGGUCCCUGUAGGGACUGUGCUCACCACGAAGACGUCACUCCCCUCCCUCCCCUCCUGCUCCCCGGCUCUAAGAGAUGUUGCCAGGGGCGAGAGGGGAGGCACACUGUGGAAGGCAGUACACCUCAGUCCUUCCUCCACACUGCAGCCUCCUCACCUGGGUUCUGAGAGGGCACUCCCUUCAGAGAGAGUGAGAUACAGCCCCGGCAGGCUGCAUUCCUUCAAGCUGGCCAAGGUGAAUGAGUAAGUGGGAGACAAACUUGGGUGACAACAGGGAACUCUGGAAGUAGGUGGGAGUCAAAGAGGAGGGGGCAGUGAAAAGACUCCCGAAGGCAGGGGUGUCAUGGGGCCUGACCUUGCCUCCCCCAUACUUGUGGGGAGAAGUGGAGAGUGGCUGACCCCAUACAGAUCCUUUGCAGGGCUGAGGACCUUGUCACGAGCCCCAGCUGGAGAAAGACUCAAUUCCAGUGGCAGGGUCAGAGGCAGGAAUUCUCGAAAUCUUGCCCGACCCCCUUGUCCUCCCCUAGCCCAUGAACUGAAGCCCUGCUGUGUGUCCCAGGGUCUUCAAAGGGGCGUACUGCCACCACCCCAGGGUGCUGGCCCCACGUGCUGUCCUUCCACCACUCCUACCCUGAUGUGCUUCCGCGUGCAUGUCUGUGUACGAUCCCCCUGGACUCCAACUCCCCUGGCUAAAGUUUUUCCAGCCAACUUAGCAUCCAGGGAUUGAGUUUGCAUUUCCAGCUGGAGAGGAUAACCCUCUGGCCUCAACAUUGCUUGCCCCAUGCUUCUCACUUUGCCUGAACCAUCAAAACUGCUCCUUCCCCACCUCAGCCUGUCCCCUCUUCCUCCAGCAUAGCCGGGCCAGCACCCCCAAGGGCGUGGCCUCCACCUAUGCAACAUCUCCUCUGGCCCCCUUUCCCUCCUUUCCUGGGGGACUUGGAGGGCACAGAUUGUGGGGACACCACGGCCCGUGACCCAUCAGGGCUGAGGUUAACUUUGAUGAGGAGAUGGCUGAGUGGGAAGGGAGAGGAGGCUGGACAAGGGGAGGCCUGGGCAGAGGGAGACAGCUGCCCAUUAGGUUUCCCUGGGCAGCAGUGCCCAUCUGCCUGCCAGCACUGGACUCUCAGGGGGCCUGGCGGUUGGAGCAACCCCUCUUUCCUCUGAACCGACAUCUGUGAGGGACAGGUGGCGAGCUGUGGCCUCGGGCCCCAGUUCCUGGCCAGCUGGCACCUGAAUGUCACACUCUUGUGUGGGGCAGCCUGACCAGACCACCUCACAGCUUCAAGGGGGGGAGAAACUCCGCCCCUCCUGCCUCAGGCCUGUUCCUGAGACAGAGCCAGAGCUGGGAGGAGGGGACCGGGAGGGGCUGUUAUUAUUUUUGCCUGUACUGACCAUUUCUGCCUAGUGUUCUCACACAGACAGCCUCACUUCCCACACACGCACAGACUUAGAGAGAAACCAAUUCUUUGGUCUAUUUUCUUGGUAGCUUUAUUGAUUGCCAGGGAAAACGAAAACCAGAAAAUUAAUUAAUCUCUAAAAUUAAACUUUACACUGAAUGUUCUUGUUUCUCUAAUUAGAACCUCUGCUAGCAGCUGUGGCUAUGUACACUCACACACUCACAAACACCCUCACACCUACAUGUUUGCACUCUGGAACUGUCAGAGGGUGUCAGGCACAGACAGACUCUAGGUUGCCCGGUCAGGCACACACGUGCAGUCACUCCCAAGCCCCCUCUGGUGCUCUGCUCAGCGCCUGCUUGUUGGAAGGAGUCCCUAGAAAGUGGGCACCCCGAGGCUGUGGUGGUGGCAGCCCAUGACCCACCCUUUGGAAACAUGAGGCUGGAGGUUCUGAGCCCCUCUGCCUGGGGAGGAUGGGGGAUGGGGUUCAGCCUGAAUCCAUCCUCAGUUCCUCUGUUGGCCCCAUAGGUAGAUGUGAUUCCUGUGGGUGUGGCCCCAGGGUAGGCAGCCACAGAGUGCCUGGGACUCAUGGAGGGCACCAGGAAGGUUCCAUGUGUCCUGGGGACAAGGGCUUGUGGGUGGGCUGGGCCUGGCUGAGGAGAAGACAGGUCUCUGUCAACUGGGUGCAUCACACUGUGGCCUUUCUGUCGUGGAUUUCCAAGCGCAAAGAUUGUAUAAAUCAAACUGGUGGAUAAUAAAGUUGCGGAUGACUCACUGA